AAUGUGGAGAGGAAUCUACGAAAGAUGAACGAUGUCGAGAGUAUAUAAGCUGGUGGAGAUCGAAUACUGCAUAUCAGUCUUGUUUUGAUAGAAUAUAAAGAAAGUAAUCAUGUCUCGCGUCAUUAUCGCUCUUCUUGUCCUUGUGGCGAUCGCUUCUGCCUUCCCAUCCCAGUCAACCAAUUGUGGGGAGAACGAAGAAUUUAAUACCUGUGGUUCAGCUUGUGAACCUUCUUGUGGAGUUAAAACAAAUAUUUGUACUUUGCAAUGCAUAAUAGGGUGCCAAUGUAAGCAAGGAUAUCUUAGAGCUGGUAAUGGCGCAUGCGUUUCUCCCAAUAACUUCAGACAAAAAACUGACAGUUUAUAUUUAUCCAUCGUCUACAUAUCCGCUUGUGGAUCAAAUGCGAUUUGUACCGAUUGUGCGAGUACCUGUCCGCUAACUUGUGAAAACUAUAAUAAUCCACCUAAAAUCUGUUCUAGGAUAUGUAAAAAAGGAUGUGAAUGCAUAAACGGAUAUAUAUUUAACAGCAAAGGUGAAUGCGUUUUACCUAGUGAAUGUUAAUAUUUCGUAGAAAUGUCUAAUUCAAUUGGAUUGAAGGAAAUGUAUAUGUGCUUCACAUAAAUACAAUAAUAAAAUAUGAUUAUAGUAUA